UUUCUUUGUAGGCAUUGUGUUUUAAUUUAGAUGACGGAUACAAUGGAUUCCCGGCGAUUUGCUUCAGAUUUAGUGAUAGAUACGCGGGAAAUCUCGCAGUCUCUCGCUCCGCCGAUGUGCGAAUUGGUUCCAUGUCGGAUGACCAGGACUCAGAAAUCAAUCCUAGUUUUGCUGGCUUUGCUGAAAUUCGUCGCCAUGGGACUGUUUUCCGUAAUUGCGCCGUACUAUCAUUUGGAGGCCCAUCAGAGGCAACUAUCUGACGUAAUUGUCGGAGCUGUUUUCACUGCUUAUGCCGGAGCAAAUUUUCUCACUUCGCCAAUAUUUGGGAGAAUUAUUGCCGAAACAGGCCCUCAGAUCGUCCUGUUACUCGGAUCUUCCCUACUUGGAAUUUCGGCCGUGUCAUUUUCAUUUUUGACUUCAGUAUCGGACCCGUCAACAUUUUGCGCGCUGAGUAUUUUCGUGAGGACGUUGCAGGGCAUUGGUUGUGGAGCAGCUGGUACUGCAAUUUUCACAUACGUUGCCGAAGUUUUUCCUCGACGAACAGGAAUUAUCAUGGGUGUGAUGGAGGUUAUGACAGCGAUAGGGUUGAACGCUGGUCCAGCAGUUGGAGGCUAUUUACACUCUGUUGGGGGAUUCAAACUCCCAUCACUGGUUCUCGGUUUUAUGUGCCUGGCAACAGUGCCACUGAAUGCAUUUCUUCUACCCCGUUCCAUAAACGCGGAAAAUUGUGUUCCGAAAACUCCGCGAACACCCGGAGGAAGACGAGUUAGCAAGUGGACGCUCUUGAUUAAUGUGCAAUUCAUUGUCGCCGCUCUUUCCACGACUGCGGUAUCUUGUGCGUCUGCAUUCCUCUCUCCUUUGUUGGCACCGCAGUUGAGCAAGCUUGGGAUGAAUACGUCGCAGAUCGGGAUGAUGUUCCUUUUUUCUCCGAUUGCCUACGGCCUGGUUGGUCCAAUUGCCGGGUGGAUUUCUGACGAAAAUCCGAAAUGGAGGCGUCUGCAAACAUCUGCGGGUCUCGGCUUGUUGUGCAUUGCCCUGCUGUUGCUCGGUCCUUCGCCAAUAAUUGAACGCAUCUUGCGUAGCGGAGUCUCGCUGAGCAUCGUCGCUCUGUGUAUCAAGGGUUUGGGCUCUACGAUCGCAGUGGUGCCAACUUUUCAGAUUAUGCUCGAUACUGCCACGAAUCUCGGAAUCCUGAACAAUCUGGCAACCCACAGCAUGAUAUCAGGACUCUGGUCUUCUGCGUGGUCCUUUGGAGAGGUUUUGGGUCCUACUCUCGGAACCGUCAUAUCCAGUUCGUAUGGGUUCGGAUGGGCCUCUACUGUUCUCGCUUGUUGGUCCAUCGUCGUAUACAUAGUCGAAAGCACGACAGUUGAAAAUAAUUGCCCGAAGAAGAAAACAAAUCUGGAAAAGGACGAGGACGCAACUUUGAACAACAUUCUUUUCGUUGCUUCGAAGGCGGCGGCGCCGUCGUCGUGCCACUCGGUGGUUUGUUCUGGCCCAAUGCGGGCCGACCGAAAAUUCCCCUCCCGCGAUGAGAACAGUGGGUGCUUCUAA